AAAAACCUUAUAACAUUGAUCCAUCAAUUUUGCAUAAUGUUCAUGGUUGAUUGGGCAAAAAAGACAACUGUUUCUAAAAGCAUGUCAGUGUUUUUAUUUUCUGAAAAAAUUCAUAUCUGAUUGAAUAAUAUUGAAGAUUCAGAAAUGUCUAAAUUCAUUAGAAUUACUCGUACCAUGAACAUUGACUAAUAUAAAACAUCCCUUUGUCAUCUUGACAUUAAGUUUCAUUUACUAACUUGGUGCCUAAUUUCAAGUUAAUCCUAAUCCUCUAUGUGAUGUUUGCUUCAGGCACUAUGCCUGCUGCCAAUGAAAUGAAACAUCGCUAUUUAGCUGCCAAUGAAAUGAGACAUCCCUAUUUAUCUGCCAAUGAAAUGAGACAUCCCUAUUUAGCUGCCAAUGAUAUGAGACAUCACUAUUUAACUGCCAAUGAUAUGAGACACUACUAUUUAGCUGCCAAUGAUAUGAGAUGUCAAUAUUUAGCUGCCAAUGAUAUGAGACGUCACUAUUUAAUGAAGCAAUUGUUUAAUAGAAAGCAGUUGUUUAAAAUUACAUGGGCAAUGUCAGUGCACAUAGGAAUUCAUUUUGAA